UGGAUAUAUGUGGGUUUGACAUCCAGAAUUGCGGCGGGUCUUCCAGUAAAGUGUGUGACGAAAAGCAAAGUUCUUUUUCUAACUCUACCGAGCAUGAUCGUUCAAACCAUUCCGAGCGAUCGUAGACGAAGUGAUCCGAUGCCAGGAGCUGAUUGGCAGCAUUUAAAAAAAAAUUCGGGUGGGGGUCGACAUUUAUUGCGCUCUUGGAAGCGCAUUUUUCAACGAGGGUCGAUCUGGAGUGAUCCAUCUAGCCCGGAUUGGACCGAAGUUACCGACGAUCAUGAGCUCUCGGACGAUGAAGCAAGGAAACGCACUCUCUGUGGGACUUAUGAAUCUCCUCACAGAUCGAUCCGCUCUCCUUGCUCGCGUCAUCUGGAACCGGUGAAAUCAAGGACAUUCCCCUCGCGCGACUUUCCCGCCAUGCAUAGCCGUGGACAAUACAGUGUCACCACUGAUCCAAACAACACGCAAGUCGUUCGGCAGAAACAAGAAUCCUUUGCGCAGCUAGACAUAUCAGCCAUACAGCAAUCCGAAAGGCGUAGAGUUUGUGGGACGAUGAGGAGAAGCUUUGAGGAUGCAGAAAAUCCACCGCUCGCGGGAGGACCCCGUUCUAGUACGCUGAUGCAUAAAAAAAUCAAAGACACUACAUACCAGGAGUGGCUUCAGAGCAACGAAGAAGAAAUCGAAAUUUGCCUGUGCAAGUCGGACGAAAGCAUGUGUCUAGGCCCGUCUGAGAGCACGGAGCUUGACUACGACGGAAUGGAUGAAGCCAAGGAAGGGAUGUUCUUGUCCUUUGCUCAGCUUGGUCUUGUUUUGCCUCAGUCCGACAUUUCUUAUGACGCUCUUCCUACUCAUUCAAAAAGCAAUUGCGAAACUAAGAAAGCAAAAGGGGAUUGCGUUGCUUUAGGGGAGAACAUCAAACCAACAUGUACGCACGAGCCAAUCACGGGCUUCCUUGGAACAAGGAAGUCCAGCUUGCCAGAACAAGAGUCAAAGAGCGGGUUGGCGGAUUCGACCUCGUCGAUAACUCGCGAUGAUCAAUGUCUGUUCUCCGCUAAUCGUCCAGUAUCUGAGAUUGACUAUGUUCCAGCAAUAGAAUGCAGUGACGACGACUCCAUCUCGACGAUAUCGGUUUCCCUGGUUAGUGCUGCCAACUAUUUAUCUGAUCAAGAUGGAAUCGGGGCCAUUCGUAAUGUCCUUGCUACGUCGCUUACAGGUCUAUCCAAGGAUGUUACGCAGAGCACUGGCAUGUUUGGGAAUCACAAAGGACAAAUCAAUGGAACUUGCACGGACGAUAAUUAUCCAAUCUAUAAAAUCGAGGCUCCCGGCGUCUCCAAAAACGUUAGCAAGGCCGAGCCAAGAAAGAUGAUUCCCUUGUCGGAAAAGAAACCCAAACGAGAUACUGUGGCAUCAUAUGUUGGAAUUGCCUCAAUGAAAUGCAAAUCAACAAAUUUUUAUGGUUCGCAGGGCCUGGAAUAUGAUAGGGAAAACAAAUUGCUCUGUAAUCUGUCUACGGCAGAAGAUAUAGUACCAGCCGAAGAACAUUCUGCUGGUCUGAAUCAAUCAAGUCUAUCCUUUCUGCAGUCAAGAGGCGUUCCUCCUUUCACAAAGGUGAGCACAAGUAAAAUUCCGUAUCCGCAAAACGACAGCCGCCUUCCGCUCCCGUAUCAAUAUCUGGACGAAUAUGGGUUCAUUGUGACCCCCUCCUCAUACGAAGAUCCUCCUCUCCCGAACAAAGACCUCAACAUUUCUACUGCCGACGGACCGAGUCAUCUUGUCCACAACGUCGAUGCUGAUCUUUCCCUUUCACUUAAAAAUGAGGAACAUUUUAUUUGUGACCAACAUCGUCUGUUGCCAUCGCAACACACAACCCCACCUAUGAGCUCUAGUGGUUUUGACUGUAUGCUCCUGUCCUUAAGCACCCCACUCUACCCGGUUAAAAAGUUACCCGCAGCUGAAUCUCUUUCAAACGAAUUGACUUCAAUGCCGGAGUCUGUGUCCGCUGAAAGUGCUCCUACGCAAAACCUUUCACAGUCAGUUCCAGCAAUUAUGCUGGGGUGGUGCAACCGGAGUUUCUUGGGUACCGAAUAAAUCAAUCAUUUUGGGGGACAAGAAACUUAUGAACAAAGAAGUGAAACACUUCAGCUGGUAG